CACGACAACUGAAAAUUGAAACGUGUAGUGAACCCGCCAUUUCAGAAGAAAACAUGAAUAUUUGGAAGAGGUGGUGUUUCCAUGCUAGCUGAGGGAUGGCGACCGAAGUCGUGAAUUUUUUACCAUCAGAGAUCGCAAGAUUAGUGUUAGGCUACUUAUCAGAUGAAGGCUAUGUGAAUUCAUACAAGUGCUUCAUCAAAGAAUGCCCUCACCUCAAUGAAUACCUAACACUGAAGAGGCGGGGCCAGACCUACCCCCUCCAUGUCAACGGUCUGACCCUCUGCCAAACGCUACAGGAGUAUGCUCAUUUUAAACUAGCAGAUACACAGAGGAGACAAAUGAUGGGUGUUGCUGCAAUGUGGUCUCAGCUGGAUGCCGUGGUCAGAACUCUGAAGGAACACACCACUUGUAAACAGAACCCAAGGGUCAACGGCCUCACCCAGAGCUCUAGGGUCAGGCGCCUGAUACAGGACAAGAAACGGCAGCGGCAAUGCGAGAAGCUCCAGAAAAAACGAGAUCUGUGUAAGAGAACUUCAGCCCCUACAAACUAUGCAGCUGCCGCGAGGAUUGAUAGUGAGGCAGAAAAGGAAAUGGAGGUCACAGAAUCGGAUGUGUCGGAGGGAGAAGAGGAGCCUCCAGAGGCGGGGAACUGUGGGGUUCUGACCCCACCCACAGAUACCGAGACUAAAGGGCUGAGUGGGAGGAACAGGAAAAUAGAGGAGGACUAUAGAAGACGAAGGGAGACAGACAACAGAGAGACAGAGUUCAUCUUGCACUCUGCCCCUCCCUCGGUGUCGUCCCAUCACAAACAUUCGACCUUCCAGAGGUCCAGUUCCAUAUCCAAUCUAUUGAACAUCUCAUCUCAGCGACUGCAAAAGCUACAAAGUUCAACCAAAGAAGCAGAUAUGGAGACAUGUCCACAGAAUGUGAUAGAGGGAAAUCCAAAGGACAAAAAUGGUGCAAUACAGUGUAGCUCAGGGGCUAGUAGGAUAGAAUGUGGGGUUGAUGGGAGUUCUCAAAGUGUGAAAGUUCAGGGAGGUCAAGCGGAAGGAGAGGAAUAUGCUAGUGGGAAUAACUGUGAUAAUACUCUCUGUGUUCAACUAAAUGACUGUGAUGAUGGCCCAGUAAAUAUGUCUGUGGAAAAUCAGAUUUCUGAAUCAAUGAUAAGUGUUAGGUCAGAAAAGGACAAUAUCGGGAGUAGUGUAGGUAGGGGUAUUGAUGAAAAACAGACAAACAUUCGGGCAGUGAUUAACAGUCAGGAUGUAUCUAGUCCCAAGUCAAGUAGGUUACAGGACAAGAAGUCAAACUCGGAACAGGUCUUGCAAGUUGUUCUUUCAGUUCUUCCAACUAUAGGAAAUCUACAGCAGCCCCCAGCUUCCUCUGAAGAAAAGGUCAAAGGUCAAGAUGAGAUGGGUCAUGAUGUCCUCCCACCCACUUCUUCUUCAGAGAAUAGUCAGGAGUCUGCAGAAUCCGGGCCGUCCAUUAAAACCCUGGGUUUCCCACAAGCUGUGUCCCCAUCUGAGACAGAGAAAGGGGACCGACCUCCGGGUACACCCGUGAAACAGCUGGAUGAGGCCUCACAGAUGAGUCUUUCAAGGACACCUAGAAGAAAGAGGCUUCCCAGACAAAAACACCAAAGAAAAGGCAAUGCCACUUUAAAUGACAGCAACAAAACAGAGGAAAAUUCACUGUUGAUGGAAAAUAUAACGUUGUUUUUGAAUGAGUUUCUGAACAACCCCUCUUUACAUGAACGUCUGGCUGAAAAUAUAAACAGAACGCUUAGUAUAAAAACCACCGAAAAACGCAGUCGUAAGAAAUUAGGAAAAAUACCCAAGAUCCAGGAAAAUCCUAAACCUAAUAAACCUAAAAAAUCUGAGGAAUCUACAAUACCCGAGGAAUCGGAAUCUAACUACUCCCAGAAUAUGGAGUCGCAAGGACUCUAUACAUUUCUAGAUGAUAUCCUCAAUCUUAACGAGACACAGAUGACGGAGACCCAGAUCGGCGGCAUCAUAGAACUCACCAGCAAGGAUCCCAACUUUGAGUCGCUGUUCAAUCUGUUUCAAGAGCCUCACUCAGCCUCGGAUACCCAGAAGACGGACUUCAGUGGAAUACGACUGGAGAUGGGGAAAGAGGCGUCCAUCAACAACUCUAGUCUCCCAUCCUUUACAGACUGCCCUGACCCAAGUAACACAACAAGUGAAGAGAACCUCAUCAUGGAAAUUCUACAGUCCCCUCAGCCUGGCCCCUCUCAGAGUAGUUCCUACCCCCCAGAGAUGUUGGACCAGACUGCACAGUCCCAGACAUCAGACAAAGUCACUCCCUCCUCAGACAUGGACUGGAGCUCAGGGCCCCCAAACAACCAGUCAUCGUCCAAUCCAACGGCUCGCAACAUUUUCGAAUCCUUUCCACAGUUUGCGGGUCACCCUGAUUCCAGUGUUGUUAAGACCUUGGAUUUACAUGAGCCACCUCAACACGAGCAGAGUGAUAGGACUAAAUCAAAGGAAGUUAAUGGUGUUGAAUUGGAAAGUCUUCCAGCUAAAUCAGUUCCAAUAAACAAUUCUCAGCAACUGACAGCAGGAGGAGAUGGGGUGGCUAGCAAUGAGCAGCAGCCUGGUUGCCAAGGAGUGUCAAGUCUUUCAUUAGCGUCAGCUUCCGGUGUCGAUUCGAAUUGUGUCACAAUGGUCAGGUCCUCUCCAGGACCAGUUUUAAGUCUCAUUAAUUCUGUCCGGUCUCCUUCUGUUCAGCACGAUUUGAACCAAGUUCGAUCCCCUUUGAGUAGUGAAAACAAUGUGCCAUGUCAAUCUCCACAAGUGAAAACCAUUAAUGCCAGAGGUCAGGAAGGCCCCCCUGCCUCUAGCCCACACCCAUACACAAAAUUAACAGACAAAGUAAGUGUUUCAGGUGAUAUUCCCAACAACAGGAUUUCAGUAGUGCAUUCUCCUGCUCAGAAAGCCAUAUUUACAAACCAGCCUCUGUCACCGCUCCAAGUCUGUGUUCCAAAAUCAGUGCAACAGUCGCCAAGACUGUCGUCACCAAACAGUGGUCCACUGACUCCUUGUUAUGUUCAGGAGAAAAGAGCAAGUGUGGGCUCACCUAACGUUUUUAUUGGAAAAUCGUCCAAAAUGUCAGUAAGUUCUCCUGUUCCAAUUAAUUCUGUGCAGGGUGCAGAGAGUGUUUCUGACUCUGUAUUACCCAUAGCAUAUGAACAGAGAUCAAGCAAUAGUGAAGUAAAAUCCCCUAAAAUAACUUCACCACUGCAUGUAAAGGAAAUGGAAACGGACCAAGACAAGUCAAGUAAAAAUACUCAGGGAACUUCUAGUCUUCCAAAGUGUGAAAAAUCGCAGAAGAAGAAGGGUAAAUCUACCUCAAAGAAAGAAAAAGGGAGAUCAAGCAAAGUGUCAUCAAAGUCUUCAGAAAAACAAAUUGACCCAGAUCUAGUGGAGACAUUCGAAACUUCGGUUACAGAGGAUCUUGGGUUUCCAGUGAUAUCCAUCAAGAGCGUAAUGAAAUCACCACAGGAAGUAUCCGUGUCGCACAAAGAUAAGGAUACCCGGAAAGUCAAGGAUGCGGAAUGUCAGCAGAUGUCGUACAAGUCGUUCAUCCGGGGGGUCACAGGGGAGGAGUGUAGUACCCCAGUGACAGAGAGGGCAGGAACCAGGGCCAGUCCCCACACCUCACAGAGCAGUGCCAACAGCAAUGAAAUGUUGUCCGAAAUGAUCGGUUUGGUGUCGUCUCUGGAAAAGUCUCAGCAUAAAAAUUCUAGUAGCGAAAAGAGUAGUGCUGAUUUUGGCAAAGGAAAGAGAAACAACAGCAACACAAGGAAAGGUAAAAAGAUUGAUGAUGAAGCCAACUCCUCUUCUCCAUCCAAGAAAUUGCAGUGGUCUCCAGAUUUGAAGGCUCUCCUUAAACUAGUGACCCCUGAAAAGAAAGGAAAAAGCAAAGGAAAGAAAAGUAAAAAAGCUAUUGCCUCAGCUGAGAAACGCAGAAACCCGAGUAGGAAAGCCCGACGAAGUAACGAGGAAAAUAUUAGAAAGGAUGAACCGGAAACAGAUGUAUCUCCCAUGUCUGUGCCGAAAAAUCAGUUACCAUUAGAGAAUAUGUCAAAGGAUAUUCCAAACACUGUGUCCGAUGUCCCAAGUAAAGUGGUGGAAAUGAAUACUGGAGCUCUAUCUAUGCCUAGUAUUCACACCUUUAUGUCACCUGUACAGGCCAAGAGUUUAGAAAGUAACAGUGGGCCAGUUAUAAAAGAGAAAAAAGGCAACGUCUCUGAAGAAGUCGGGCUGACUCCAAAGACCGUGCUUACUGCAGUGUCGGCUUUGAAAGACAAUGGCAAAAACUCGAGGAAAUCUUUAUCACAUCCCCAAAACACGGGGCAAGGGUCAAUACACACGGUGGCAGGAACUUCUGCCCAUCAAGCUCAAAAUGCUGAAAAUUCACAAAUACUUGCCGAGCCACUUUCUGGAUUGGAAACUUUGAAUAGUGUGGAAAUUAAUCAGGCACCAUCUGCAGUUCCUGAGGAGAAAAAGGAAAAAUCUAGUUGCAUUGUGGAGACAGAUUACAACAAGAUUUUGUAUUCUCCAAAUCGAGAUUUCCUAGACUCACCCCCUCGGUACGAAAGUCCAGGAAUAGCUGUGUCACAUGGUGGUCAUUACCAAGGGAAUGUUAGUACCACAUGUAAUUCACAGUUUGACAGUCCCUGUGAGCCGAUUCUUUACUCUAGUCAAAUAGUCACCCCAUCAGUGUAUGUUCUAAAUGAAUCCACAUCUCAGCACAAUUCUAUUGUGGUCUCAGACUCUCAUUCGAAUGUGUACUCCAAUGGAGUGGGCUACAUCCAAAACUCUGUGUCGUAUCAAGGACAGGUGAUGAACUCCGGUGACCAGGCGGUGAAUUACAACACUGUGUAUAUUGAUAGUAAUGGCAUUGUUCAGGCAAGCUCUAAUUCAACUGGAGAAAACAUUGUUCCAGUUUCUUCCACAACUCUUGACGCUACUCCGACUCCUGUGACUGAUAUUUUAUCCGCUGCAGCUGCAGUUAUCCACGCCAGUCCUCUACAGACUGUGGAUAGCUACCAGUUGAAUUCUACCCCAGAAAAUCAGAGCAAGGACGAACAAGAAAGUGUGGGCCAACUUCUUGCUUAUCCUGUGGGACGAUAUUAUCCGGAGAAGAAACUUCAUGUGCGUUCUCUGAAUUUCGGCCCGGAGGCUGGAACAACUGAAAUCCGUAAACCCGGAUAUGGACGGGGACACAAGAAGAAGAUCUAUGACCAUAUUCCUAGCCCGGUAAAGCCAGGAGGCCUCGUCAAGAAACAGGCCAAAGGAAAGGCUAAAAGUAAAGGAGAUAUCAAAGGGAAGGCGAAAACAGACAAUGGAAGUAAAGAAGCUGCAAGUAUUCAGGACAGUGCUUCAAAGGAUGUAGUUCAAAAACAGGACAAUUUAACUAAUUCUGCUUCCAAGAUGGCAGAUGAAGCAGACGACUUCAUUCCUGAUGCUUCAGGUUCUGUUUACAUUUUGGAAGGAAACACUAGAAAAAAAAUCAAGCUUCACAAAACUCCACGAUCAACCAAAACGGUGUUACCUUACUUCUUACCAAAUCGAUACGAAAUGUCCCAGGGCAUCAUUCCACUGAGGCCAGAACUGUGUAAAAAGAGUGAAAACUCAACUCCAUCUCCUAGUUUACCAGUCCCAGGGCAAUCGUUGGUAUUCGAUGUGAAAUGUGAGUUGGAUAAGGAAUCGGAUAGUGAAGUGGAUGUAGAUGGAGACUGUGAUUUACCGGAUUUAUCUCCGGAACCUCCGAGAAAAGAAACUCCCAAAUCAAAGUGUUUGGAAAUGGUACAGCAGGUAGACCUUACAACUCCAGUCAAAUCAUCACUAUCUGGAAAUGCUGGUUUAUAUAAUACAACCAAAUAUCUGGCACAGCCCUCUUCUGUCCAAAGCAUUUCUGACAGCUGUGAAAGUUUCUUAGACAGGCAACUAACCAGUGCACCCAAGUCUGUGACUUUUAUUGAAGGAACGGAUUCCAAGGAAAGUAACUCUCCAUCUGUAAGAAACUUUCCCUCUCGACCAACCAGUAGCUUUAGCAAUAACAGUAACUCUCUCCCAGAUCUUCACAGUCCAUCACCUCUGAUCAACAUGUCCACUCCCCCAAAGAAAAGAAUAACUGCUUCACUCAAACAUGGCGGAGGCUGUUACUUCUAUUCCUCUUCCUCCCAGGAAGGGAAGAGCCAGGCCAAAGUGGAAUCAAAAGAAAGUGAGGCCCCCAACAGCGUUCCCAGGGUGCCUCGUUCCCCACGGACGCCCAAGGGGAAGCGAACACCGAAUAAACCUGUCAGACAAAGCCCGAGGUUUUUUGGGAGCCCGAGUCGUAGAUUGCAUGGUAUGACAACUCCUACAAAAAGCGGGACCAGGGACACUGUGUCAAAUAAUCACAAGGGAGUGAAGCGACUCAGAGAAAUGAAUUCCGGAGAGAACAGCAAGGCAGAAAGAAAAAGCAAAAAGGCUAGGAAUGGUAAGAAGGCUGUAGACCUGAGUAAAGUGGAUUUUGAGAAGUUCCUGGAUAAAAUACAUAAGAUAUGAGGAGAGGAGUUAGUGUUCUCAAUUGAAGUACACAUACCUGAUGUGAUGGAGGGAAAAGCUGCGUGGACUGAAACCCUGUUACAUACGAAAAAUAUUUUUUUUUAAAUCUGUGAGACAGAAGAAAGAAAUUUCUUAGAAAAAGAGAGAGAGAGAGAGUGAGACCAUUAAUUUAUGUUUGCAUAGAUUUCCCUGUAAAUUAAGUUAUGCCUGUUUGGUAUGUUAAAGAUUUUUUUUUUCUUUUUUGUUAUUGUCACUGUGUGUGGCUCAAUAAAUUAUCUUUAUUUAUAA